UCUGUCCCCUUUGACAGAUGAACCAAUGACAACACAACCUUUUAGUUUACUUCUGGGUUUUAUUAAAUUUCCACUAGGGGCGCUAUCAGCGCAAAUGUACAAAGUCGAUAAUGCAGGCAAAAUACAAGGUUAUGUCUUCAAGAGGCAAAUGUCAAGAGUUGUUUUGGUUUUGUGGUGAUGUGGUAGUGAUCGUGACGGUGGACUUUCCUGGACUAUCGGAGGGUUUUGCUGGAGGGUAUACAGCGGUGACAAAGCCAACAGCUGGAGCAAGAAGAUCCUCCUUGGCGUAGAGGACAGGGUGGUUAGGCAACUCUCUCAAGGGCCCCCGUGGGGGUGGGUUUAUCCCAGCACAGCCAAUGCCUUCUGUCUCAAGGCCAGAGGCUUCUACGAGCUGCUUCCGGUGAUGGUGUCGCGGCUUAGCUCGUGUCAACAGCCUACUUGGGGCCGAGGUUACUCCCGGACGAAAUGAGGGUGGCCAAAAUGCAGGUGAACACCAGUAUAGGGUGUCUUGGGCGCAACACAACCUCUACGUGGCAACAGACUUCACGGAGAUGCUGCCCCAGACCAGAGGGUUCACCAGGGCACGUAAUCCCUCACGCAACGUCUGCAGGGAGAUCAGGCUUCUGGCUUUUCCAGACUACACUCUCAGGGAGUCCGGAUCUUUCACCGCACGGGGUCGCCCGAGAAAAGGGAAAUCACUGCUGGAGUUCGAUCCUCGAGCACCGCAAAACCCACAAGGGAAGGAAAGGUCCAAGAUCCUGGUCAAAGUGGAGCUUUGACGGGCUUCAGAAUCCUCCUGAUGGGUGCGAAGUUCCUGCAGAAACCCAUCGUACCUCUCCAUCCUGUCCGUGAGCCACUCCUUCAGUCCGUCCAAUAUCUGGCCGGUCUCAGCUGCCUCCAUACUCGCAAGUGGUCAGGCAAAUCCCACUUCUGACACCAGUGUUGUGGAUGGGACUUCCGGGAAGGCAGCUGAUCGCGGAAAAGGGGCUCGGCGAUGAA